GUGCGUGUGUGAUAUUUUUUUUAUAUUCAUAAAAUUUAAGAUGUUUCGAUUAUUUAUUUUGACAGAUAAGCACGCUUUUUGGACUGAAAUCGUCGCAAAGUAACAUCUCCAGAAGCAUGGACAACGAAGAAUGGGAUCCGUUAAAAUUUACUUUAGAAAAUAAAAAUAAGAAUGUACGAAAUUUAGUUGAGCAAGCAAAGAAUCCGAAUUUACCAAAUCAGUUGAUAGCGAGAAUGACUGGCUCUGAUUCUGCUUGCAUUCGAUUAUUACUAUGCAAAUCAUCUCCGAUCAUAAAAGCAGUGCAAACAUCUCUUAAUAAUAAAUUGCAGAAUUAUAUGCAUCGAAUGAUUGCGUGGUUCCCAUCUAGAAAGGAUUUUGAAGCAAACAGCGACGAAUGUGAAGAAAAUCAUAUCGAUUGUCAUUUAUUUUCGUCGUCAUAAUUAUAAUUAAUCUUUAA